AUGAAUGGGGUAGACAUGGAACGCUGCAAGCGAAUUAUACAGUAUAUCUGGGACCCUGCACCCAGGAACGACCAGCCAGAACUCCCCAUCUGGUGUAUGGGAACCAAAUAUACAACGGAUGGUAUGGACAGAGACAAUAGGCACACCGCAUCGCACAAAUCAAUGCGACUGGCAAACGAAGAAGGACCAAGCCAGGUGGUCCCAAAGGCUACAACGACGAGCCAGUUAGACGAACAUGGCUGGCCUGAACCGUUCCUUCUCGACUUCGAAUCAAGGAUCUGGAUUACCUACAGGUCGAACUUUCCCCCAAUACCGAAGCCUAUCCAACAGGAUGCGUACUCCGCAAUGACAUUGAGCGUGCGACUGAGAAGCCAGCUCGUUGACCAACACGGAUUUACAUCCGACACAGGAUGGGGCUGCAUGAUAAGGUCAGGGCAGAGCCUUCUGGCGAACGCAAUGUCCAUAUUGUUAUUUGGCCGAGGUUGGCGUCGAGGAAUCAACACUGAUCAGGAAGCUCAGCUAUUGUCACAGUUUGCAGAUCACCCGGAUGCACCUUUCUCAAUACAUCGAUUUGUCCAGCAUGGUGCCGAGUCCUGUAACAAACAUCCCGGGGAAUGGUUUGGGCCCUCCGCGACCGCCAGAUGCAUACAGGCGCUUGUGUCUCAACAUAGAAGCCUCAACAUUGGUGUCUACAUGACUGAUGAUACAGCAGAUGUGCAUGAAGAUAAAUUUCUGGAUGCUGCCCACGACGAGAGAGGGUCCUUCAGGCCAACACUGAUAUUAAUUGGGACGCGACUGGGAAUCGAUCGUAUUACACCCGUGUAUUGGGACGCGGUAAAGACCACACUGCAACUCCCACAAUCGGUAGGAAUAGCAGGUGGACGCCCAUCAGCAUCACAUUACUUCGUCGGUGUUCAAGGCUCACACCUAUUUUACCUUGACCCUCAUCAAACCCGCCCAGCGUUGCCACAGCGCAAUAUCGAUGAACCAUACACCGAUGAAGAGAUAGAAACCUAUCAUACUCGACGCCUCAGGAGAAUCCACAUUCGAGACAUGGAUCCGAGCAUGCUUAUCGGCUUCAUUAUAAAAGACAAAGAAGACUGGACACACUGGAAGAGCGGUGUAUCUGUUCAGGGGAAACCUAUCGUACAUGUGCUCAGCGAAUCAGACACUGCUGUCUUUCAGGGCCGUGAAGGGGCGAUCGAUGAGGUAGAGGCCUUGGACGAUUGA